AUGACCUCUGCACCGCCUAUCCAUCUCCCCACGGAAAUCGUCGUUCAGAUUUUGAACGAGGUCGCCGCCGAUGAGUUUGCCCGCCAGAAAACACUCCACGCCUGCUCUCUGGUCUCGCGGCAGUGCAAAUGGAAUCUCGGAGCCCUGGUCCGCAAGCUUGAUCUGAGCUCACUUGUCCAUCACAGCUCUCCUAGCCUGACUGCAAGGCUUCUCGGCCGGGUGAAGGAGAAUCUGGAGAUUUUCCUUGCUCCUAGGAUUUCUUUUGCGGUGAACAGCCUUCCGGCAAUUGCAAAAUGCUCUAAACUCCGUUACCUAGACCUUUCUCUCGUCGCCACAUCCAUUCCCUUUAGUGAUCUGAAGAGGAGUUUAAGUAACCUCUCCAACCUCCAAACCCUUCGGCUCCCCCAAUCUACCUCUAUCACGGAUUCCGACUCAUGCGGAAUCCCAUGGCCACCUCACCUUCGCCGUAUGCAGUUCAGCGGCUACUUCUCCGCCGAUUCCAUCCGGUCAUUCCGCUGGCCAACGUCCCUUACAACCCUUACCCUCAAAAACUGCUCUGAUCUUUCACUCCCAAACCUUAGCAGUCUUAUGUGCAGUCCAGACCUUAGCCGCAGCCUGAGACGUCUUACUAUAUCCGGUUUGAACCGGCGUUUAAGUCCGGAAUCAAUCACCUCUAUACUGGCUUUAAUACCAGCCCUAUCAUUUCUCAGCAUUCCUGGUGAUAUGGUAGACCACACGUUUCUCGAUUUGCUUUGCCAUAUCGGUAUUCCCACUUUGGAAAUACUUGAAUUUGGUUAUCCUAAUAUAGACCCAACAAUGUACUUCGCUACGGAGGGCUUAACAAAAGCCCUCGAAUUCGGUCUUCCAAAAGUAUACGCCGUGGGCUUUGCCGAAGUAUUUGUUUCCGAUGAUGGUCUAUUGAAUGAUGACGUGGUUGAUGAUUUCUUGCUCAAUCGCGCAGAAACUGCCAAGUCACUUCCAGGCCCGCCUGGCGUUUAUUAUAUAUGA